GCUGAUGUAAACAAGGAAAUAAUUUUCUUUUGCUCUCACCAAACGCUGAACCAACUACGUAGGGCGGCGUUGAAAUUUGAACAUUGAAUUCUCUUCCAAAUGCAUUUUCUUCAAAUUGUCAAUUGGAUAUCGCUCUUGAUUCUCUGUGCAUCAGCAUUUUAUUUCUAUCGCACAGCCCAAAUUUCUCCUUUCCCUCUGAAUAUGGCUCAAGAAUCCUCCAAUUCCAUUUAUGAUUUCACUGUCAAGGAUAUUCAAGGGAAUGAUGUGAACCUUAGUCAAUACAGGGGGAAGGUUCUUCUUAUAGUGAAUGUUGCUUCUCAAUGUGGUUUAACGCAGUCAAACUACAAGGAGUUAAAUGUAUUGUAUGAAAAAUACAAAAAUCAAGGUUUCGAGAUAUUGGCAUUUCCUUGCAAUCAGUUUGCAGCACAAGAGCCAGGAAGCAAUGAGGAGAUUCAGGAAACUGUAUGCACAAGGUUCAAAGCUGAAUUCCCCAUAUUUGAUAAGGUUGAGGUUAACGGGAAGAAUGCAGCACCCAUUUAUAGGUUCCUGAAAUCACAAAAGGGUGGAAUAUUUGGGGAUGGCAUCAAAUGGAACUUCACAAAGUUCUUGGUGAACAAAGAAGGAAAGGUGGUUGAUAGAUAUGCUCCUACCACCUCGCCUUUCAAGAUUGAGAAAGAUAUCCAGAAUCUGUUGCAAUCUGCUUGAAAAACAAGGUCAGGAACCAUACCCACCCAAUAAAUUCCAACAGUGCUUAUUUUUAGUACUCUUUCGUUGUUAUGUGAAUGCACUUAUGAAUGUUUGUACGAACCGGUUUGUAUUUUCUCUAGACCUUGCAUGUAAGUUAUGCCGUGAAGUUUGAAUUCAUUGACGCUUCUUGUCCAUUUGAUCAUAUGUAAAAUUGAAUUGUGUGAUUACAUCAA